GUGAGUCUGUUCUGCGGUCUGCAAAACACAUCCUGGGCUGUGCCUUCACAUCAUUUGCUCCGUUUUGCCGACACGAAGAAACUGUAGCAGUACAGUGGGAGAUGAUUUAGUGUAUUGUACACUGGCUUUUAGAAAAUGUGGGUGCGACCGCUUUAAAGUCGUCCCUCUGUUUUUUCUCCCCUCCCGACAUGUCAGCUGAUCGCCGACAUUUAAAAGCACUGCUGGGUUUUUUUUGACUCGGACACAAACACAGACUCCAUUAAAGAGAAAUAACCGGGUAGAGGUUGUGAAAACGAAAGCAAAAGCAUUACCAAGGGUUUGCCUAUAGCCCAUAUAAACUUUCCUCUGCAUUACCAUGGCGCCAGGACAGUUUGAGGAGAAACCACAGCCGGGUGACUUGAUAGAAAUCUUCCGUGGGACAUAUCAGCACUGGGGCAUAUAUGUUGGAGAUGGCUACAUCAUUCACCUGGCACCACCCACUGAGUCUGCCCAAGCUGGUGCCUACAGCAUGAUGUCUGUGCUGUGUGAUAAGGCAGUGGUGAAGAAAGAGCAACUCUGGGAUGUGGCUGGCACUGACAAGUACACCAUUAACAAUCUACUGGAUAAAAAAUACGAGCCACGUCCCAUCCGUGUCAUCCUCCAGGAAGCACACAGCCUUUUGGGACAGGGGCUGCCCUACUGCGUGCUCAGUGGGAAUUGUGAGCAUUUUGUAACAGAGCUGAGAUACGGGAAGAGAGAAUCUCGUCAGGUGCGGAAAGCUGUGGAAGUAGGAGUAGCAGUUAGUGUUGGCACAUUAAUUGGUGUAGGAAUUCUUGCUGCUGCAUCAGCCUUUUUUGGCUCAAGCAACAAGGAGAAGAAUAAUAAACAGUGAAACUUGAGAUGGGGAGCAGCUGUAAAGACAAACACCAGCAGGCCUUCGGGCUGGACCUAAAUCUUCUUGCAGUAAACAGCCAACCACUAAAAGGAUCUAAAUCAGCAAACCAAUUGGAUUUUAACUAAGAACAAAAAUAUAUAUAUAUUUAGGACUUCUUAAUGCAUUGUACUGCCCCAACCCCCCAAAAGAGAAAAACAUGAGUUGGUCUCACAAAUUAGCUACAAGUGUUUAAGCAAAAACCAAUUUAGUUUACUUUAGUUUCACUUAAAACAAUUUGAUUUUGAUAAAUAAUGCUUUAAAACUAUGGUUUAGGGUAUAUUAUGGUAUACAAAAUGUUAAACUUUAAUAAUUUAGUUCAAGAAUUUAAGGCGAGCUACAGGUCCAAGUAAUUUCUAAUAAAUCCUACCAUCAUCAGACAUCUAGAAGUCAGGUCUACAAGACGCUAUUUCAAAAACCAAACUGACCCUUAUUUCUGAUGAGCUACUAAUUUGUAUCAUGAUCAAGUUUAUAUGUUGGUGCCAAUUCACUAUCGAAUGUCCAACUGUGCUUUAACAUGUCUGAAUAAAGUUGGUUAUGUUUCAUUUA